GUCACACAUAUGUACAAAAUCUCUUUAUAACUCAGAAAAAAUUAUUAAGAAUUAUGUAUUUUGGUAGUAAGUAUGAACACACCGAUCAGUAUUUUAGAAAUAAUUGCCUGCUGAAAUUAGAUGACAUCAUAUCCUAUAGCACUUCAAUUUUUGUCUAUAAUGCCUUACAUGACUGCCCAGUAACCAUAGAAUACUCUGGAAAUAAUCACAACACUAACACUAGAACGAGACAUGAACUUAGACUGCCUCGAUGCCGGACGUCCCACGCCCAGCAAAGUGUGCUGGUGCGGGGUGUCAAGCUGUGGAAUCAAUUGCCAGGUGACACAAGAAAUGCCAAUACAAAAAAUACUUUUAAGGCAAGAAUCAAAAGACAAUUCAUGACUAGAUAUUAAUUUCCUUUGUUUAAAUAUUUGCAAUUAUAUGUAUUUUUCUAAUAUUCAUACUGUAUAAUUAUAUUUUUGUAGGUAUGUACCUGUAUGCUCUGAGUGUGUUUGUUGUGGAGAUAAAUAUACAUUAUUAAUGCCUUGUGUCGAACUAACAGAGGGACAAUUUCUGGCUACUUUUUGGCGGGACGCUUCAUGGGUUGGUUUCCGAUCGGUGCCUCACUCAUGGCUACAAACAUUGGUUCCGAACAUUUCAUCGGCCUUUCGGGUUCCGGGGCGGCCAGCGGCAUAGGCAUCGGGGCCUUCAAUUUUAACCCUGUGUUCCUCCUGCCACUCAUGUGCUGGGUCUUCCUUCCUGUCUACAUCGCCAGCGGGGUGCGCACAGUCCCAGAAUACAUGAAGAAAAGGUUUGGCGGCCAGAGGAUUCAGAUGUACCUUGCCUUACUCUCUCUCCUCUUGUACAUUUUUACUAAGAUCUCAGUUGACCUAUACACUGGUGCAAUAUUCAUUAACCAAGCCCUCAAAUGGGACAUUUAUGGGUCCAUGUUGGCUUUGCUAGCACUCACUGCACUUUUCACUGUGACUGGAGGUCUGGCAGCUGUCAUCUACUCCGACACCCUGCAGCUUUUCAUCAUGCUGAGUGGGGCUUUCUUCAUCAUGUUCAAAGCCUUCCAAGAGGUGGGUGGGUAUGAGGCCCUGCAGUACAGGUACAUGCAAGCUGUACCAAAGCUUACUUAUGAGAACACCAGCUGUGGCCUGCCAAGAGAUGACUCCUGGAUAAUGCUGAGGCAUCCUGUGAACUCUGAUCUGCCAUGGCCAGCUUUUUUGUUGGGGCAGACCCCAGCCUCCAUCUGGUACUGGUGUGCUGACCAAGUAAUGAUCCAGCGAGCACUGGCAGCCAAAUCCUUAUCCCAUGCCAAAGGUGGUACUGUGUUUGCUGCUUACAUCAAAAUACUGCCUUUCUUCUUGUUUCUCAUCCCUGGGAUGAUCUCCCGUGCCCUCUAUCCCGAUGAUGUUGCCUGUGUCCUGCCAGAGGAAUGUAUGCGAGCAUGCGGAUCAAAGUCUUCUUGUUUUAAUUCAGCUUAUCCUCGUCUUUUGGUGGGAAUAUUACCACCUGGAUUUAAGGGUAUAAUGUUGGCUGUAAUAUUAGCAGCUCUUAUGAGUGAUCUCACUUCCAUCUUCAACUCUGCCUCAGCCAUGUUCACUCUUGACCUCUGGCCAUGCCUACGACCUAAAGCAGGGAUCAAGGAACUGUUGAUAGUUGGAAAGGUUUUUAGUAUUAUUGUUGUGGCUCUUUCAGUUGCUUGGGUGCCUAUAAUUGAGAGGGUUCAGAGUGGUCAACUCUUUGUAUACAUUCAAAGGGUUGGUGCGUAUCUAGCUCCUCCAAUUGCUGCUGUUUAUUUGAUGGCUAUCUUUUGGAAACGCAUGAAUGAGAAGGGAGCUUUUUGGGCUCUCAUGGUGGGACUCUUUGUAGGACUCAUACGUUUGGUCCUGGACUUCUCUCAUCCUCCCCCAUCAUGCAAAGAGGAUGAGUAUCGACCACUUGUGAUCCGCCUAAACUUCAUGUACUUUGCUAUGAUACUCUUCUGGAUAACUAUGUUGACAGCAGUGGUUGUUUCCCUCUUCACUGAACCUCCUGAGAACUUCAGGAUAAUAAGAACAACUUACUCCACCAGACUGGAAGAAAAAUUACGAGAUGAUGAGCAACCAGAUUUUACAGUAGAGAUUACUUUAGAUGAAACAGUGUCUCCUAUGACUCAGGAUGAUGAGACCACAACAGAAGUGAUAUGGGAGAACCAUCUUCAGAGGGCCAAAAGGUGUUACAUGUGGCUCUGUGGGCUACAAGUGUCACAACACAGCACUAAAAAGCUGGGAGAGCCAGACUACAAACAAGCACUCACAUCUUUGAAGGAAGAUCCUUUUGUCAAAAAAUGUCUUAAUAUUUGUUUGGUAAUAUUACUUGCUCUUGGUGUUUUUCUUUAUACAUAUUUUUCAGUAGAUCCAUUCCCAGAAAAUAUUAAUCUUAGAGAACACCGGGUAUAAUUAAUGUAAUUUGUUAUACCUGUUGGGAAUGAUACAUGAUGAAAAUGUUUCUUUCUCUCUCUCUCUCUCUCUCUAAAAUGAGUAAUCAAAUUUAGAAGAAAGAUACACAAUCCCUCUUAGAACUAUCCAUUUAUUUAUCUCUUGACAUUUCACUCUUCCAGGAAUGUCCUCUGAAGUGGUGUUACUCAUUGCCUUUAGCCUCUUUCUCAUUACUAGUGUUGCACCUCUUUCAUUCUGCUGCUUAAUACUACUAUGUAUUCUGAUCUGCUAACUGUGUCUCCCUUCAUCCCUUAGUGUUGAUAUACAUGUUUUUCUACUUUCUUUUAAACCUAUUCUACCUCCCUAAUGCAAAAGAAAACCAGUAUUCAUAAUCCUUCAUCCCUUUUAUUGAUAAACUCUGGAAGUUCCUGCCUGCCUCUAUUUCUUCAUUCCUACAACUUCAAUUCUUUCAAAGGAAGGUACCAGAACUCUUCUGUAGUUUUGGUAAUCUUUUUGGCUCUUUUUCUUUGGAGAUAGUACCUUACUAGGACUUUUAUUAUUGUUAUCAUUAUUAUUUUUUUUUUUUCUUAUUGACCAAUGCCCCUCUUCCAAAAAAAAGCUAAUAAAUGAAAAUAUAUAAAGGCUUAGAACACUGCAACUACUAUGGUGGUGGCCAUGCUAAGUUAAGGAUAGGAAACUGUGUUGUGUAGCAAAGAACUCUGGUAGAUCUUAACUUCAAUAAAGUUGUGCAGAGUCAGAGUUUCCUGGAUAGCCUCUGAUUAGUCCUGCAGCAGGACACUGUUUUUUAGAACAACCUUGCAUUGAAGUCCCCACAAAGUUUUUUUGCAUUUCUGAUAUCUGUAGGGUGUCUACUUUAAGUAUCAGGUGGGUGCCACCCGCGCAUCUUUGGGCAAAUUACGUAAUAUGCAAAUGAAGUCCGCCAUUACCGGAUUUUUUUUCAUUUUGUCAAUAACUAAAUGAAAAUAUGGCUUAAUGUAAACAUUGAGGUGUCAAAAUCUAGGUUUUCUGGUCAGAGAACCUAAUGAAGUUGUUUAAAAGAUUGUUGCAUGUCUUAUAAGCUUAAUAUUAUUAUGGUAAUUAUUAUAAUUUGGUUAUUUGUCACUACAAAACCAAUACUUGUAUAGAUUCCAAUGCAGACUUGUUCCUAAAAGUAUUCUGCUGCAAAACUAAAACCUUUUUUCUUUAUUCAUGUAAUGCAUAGAAAAUAUGACAUCCUUUCAAUAAUAUCAACCUUCAUGAAGUAUGGCCAUGGGCCUAAAGGUAUUGUGGGCAUCACCUUGAAACCCUCUGCAAUGAAGAAAUGGGCAUUCAGUAUGCAUAUCUGUACACAGCUGGAAAGGGAUGUAAUAGAAAUGACUAUAGGAGACAAGGCGAAAGAUGUUACAGCACACAAGGAGAAAAAGCCAGCGAGGGUCAAGUCUGAUAGCGCCGACCGUGUGAGGAUUCGUGAGAAAAUGUGUCUCUGCUUGGAUCCCUUAGAUCCUACUGAUCAUCCUAAGGGAAUUGUCAACAUUGUGACUGGGCUUAUUGCUUCAGAUAGCGUGAAUGUCGACAAGGCUGUCUACAUUGGAAAAUCACAGAUGACAAUUUUUGAGUCUUCAUUACCACAGGGAUUCUAUGGUGGCAUCAGCAAUAAAGUGGUUACGAUGAAUACUUCUAAGAAGGGUAUAAAAGUUGGAGACAAAGAUGUAUUUGAUGCUAGCCUUAUCUAUUCUCAUGUGCUUGGACUCCAAGUCACGGAAUAUUGACUUGAAAGAUGUUUUGAAGCAUGAACUUUCUCCAGUACCCACAUCUAUGUUCCAAGAGACUGGAGAAAUGAGAGUUGCAUUAGGAAAGAGUAGCUUGAAAAACAAGCUAAAGGUUAGUGUCUCUUCCCGCUUGGCCAAGGACUCAGAUGUAAUAAUCAUGGAUGGAUGUGCCCUCUUGUGGUGUGUACACUGGCCCUGCAAAGGAUCUGUUAAAGACUUUAUUGAUAAUUUCUGCAGUUUUUUAAUGCAGAGGACCAGUGAGGCACAUGUGUACAUCGUGUUCGACCGUUACUACGACUUCAGUAUAAAGAGCUCCAUGAGAUCACAUCGUUCAGGACAGUACUGUACAAGGCGCCAUCAUAUUUGUAUCACCAGUCCACUUCCUCCACAGAAAGUUAUGUUAACUGUUGCAGAAAAUAAACGGCAACUAAUUACACUGAUAUGUUCUGAAUUGGUGAGGCUUGGACUAUCUAGCAAUUCAUUUCAACACACCCUUGUUGUGACUGGGGAAGAAUCAAUCCCAGUUGAGCUGAUGCAUGGGAGGAGAUUUGAAAGAGAUGAUAUGAUUACAACUCACGAGGAGGCAGAUGUCAUCAUGAUCCAACAGGUGGUGCAACUUGCCAAAUCUGGUACUAAAUCAAUCUGUGUAGUUUCAGAUGAUACGGAUGUUUUUGUGUUGCUCGUUCAUUUCUAUGACCUAGAAAAUCUCUCUUGUAAACUUGUAAUGGAAUCAACAGGGAAAGAACGUGCACUGAUAGAUAUUGAGACAACUGUGAAGACACAUGCAAGUGUGGUUCCACAUCUGCUAACUGUGCACUGUAUAUCAGGAUGUGACACUGUUGCUCAAUUCUUCGGUGUAGGGAAAGGAACAGCACUGAAGGCCAUAGAGGCUGGCUUUCACGUAAAUACAUUGGGAGACCUACAAAGUCCAUUGGCUCACGUAUAUGGUGAAGCUACCACGUUCAUUGCCAAAUGUUAUGGAGUCAACAUUGAAGACAAUAACACUGAGAAGUCAGACAUCAGACUUGAUGUGUGGUUAAAAAAAAUGUCUCAAAAGGUCAUUACCUCCUACAACGCAGGCUUUCAAAGAGAAUGUGAAUCGUGCUCAUAUUCAGGCUGCAAUUUGGAAGACUGCCUUAUCUACCAAUCCUCCAACAGUUGAUGUCACAAAGUAUGGCUGGAGCAGAGAUGAUGCAUCAAAAACUUUAAAACUUUGCCAUCAGAUGUUCAACUAGCACCUCUUUCUGUGCUUGAAUUAAUUAAGUGUGGAUGCUUCUCCAAAUUACCAUGUAAAAAUGCCAAAUGUGGGUGCAAGGCAGCUCACCUUCCCUGCACAUUCUUCUGUUCAUGUAUCAAUAAUAAUGUCUGCCUAAACCCAUAUAACAAGCAAACUGAUUGUGAUGAUGAUGAUGAUGAUGAUGAAGCUAGUGGAAUGACUGAAUCAUGAUUUGGAUGAAUGAAUAGGUUUAGUGACAAAGAUAACAUUUGUAUUUGACAUUUAGCGUAUUUGUGGUAGGCCAACUGGUAAUUAGCAUAAUACAGCAUAUAUAAGAUACAAGACAGUCUUUUAAAUAACUUCAUUAGAUUCUCUGACCAUAAAAACCUAGGUUUUGACACCUCAAUGUUUACAUUAAGCUAUGUUUUCAUUGAUUUAUUGAAAUAAAAAAAAUCCGGUAAUGGCGGACUUCAUUUGCAUAUUACGUAAUUUGCCCAAAGAUGCGCGGGUGGCACCCACCUGAUAUUUAAAGUAGACACCCUACAGAUGUGGGGACUCCAAUACAAGGUUGACCAUAGAUGCUUUAGGACUAGAUGCAGUACCUUGUGAAAUGUUUUUAUUAAAAUCCAGGUGUAAGAUGUCAUAACUAUUUCCAUCAUCUGUAGCCUCGUAUACUUUACUAUAAAAAUUCAACAAGUUUUUAAGGCAAGACUAUCCUUUCAUAAAGCCAUGUUGUGAGUGAUUCAUCAAGUUGUGCUUGUUUAAUGUAAUAUAUCAACAAAAUAUUUAUAAAUAUUUAUACAACU